GAGAAUAAAACCCGCGGCAGCAUUGUCUUCCAGUCACAGUUCACCGGUUGCUUUCCGACAAUUAACAGCCUAGCUAGGACUCAUCCCAGGCCCGGCAGUGAAACCACAGUGCGUGUGUGUUUAGUGUUGCGAAGGAGCGGAAUUUGCAAAAAGGACUUGCAGUGUGCUUGUGUGUUUGUGACAAACCGCAGUGUGAUCGCAAGAAUCAAACAGAACAGAAACGAAAACAGAAAAAGCAAUGAAGCAGUUCUAUGUGUUGUUCGCCGUCCUGGCCGUGGCCGUUGCCGCCCCACCCUCGGAAACCGAUGGAUUACUAACCUCCGCCCUGAAGUUCGUGCGGGACUGUGGCGAAAAGUCGAUUGUGCUGUGCGCCAAGGAGCGCGCACUAAGACUAGCUGACGGUGCCGAAGGCGAUUUCGAGAUCACCGACGGUAUCAAGUUCGUCCAGACCGAAAAGAACACCCAGAAGGGCCGCUCUCUUAACGAUAUCUCCCUGCCCGCCGAGCCGGAAGCCCGCGAAUCCGAGAUCGAUGGACUGCUCGUCGAACGUGCCGCCCGUUUCCUUGGAACCCACACCCUUCAGUUCCAGGUACCGAAGGAAUCGAUCGAGGACAUGCAGCGCUCGCUGGAUGAAGCUCGUGGCAAGAAGAAGAAGGUCAAGAAGCUGCUCCUCCCUCUGCUCCUCCUCCUCAAGUUGAAGGCCGCCGCUCUGCUCCCGCUCGCCCUCGGUGCCCUCGCUCUGAUCGCUUUCAAGGCUCUGAUCGUCGGCAAGAUUGCCCUCAUCCUGUCCGCCAUCAUCGCACUCAAGAAGCUGUUCGACAAGAAGGGUGAACAGAGCUACGAGGUCGUUGCCCACCCGCACUACUCGCACUCGAGCUCGUACGACGAUCAUCACGGAUACGCCCGUUCGAUGGACGCCGCCCAAAACCUGGCCUACGGCGCUCACGCUCAGUAAGCUUGCCAUAUUGUAGCGAGAAGCCAGAUACCCGGCCGCGGCCCGCCCAAAAGCCACCGCGUAACCGUCAACGUCAAAGUUUACCGUCACCGCAGAGGAGAGGACAAAUGGGGGAAGGGUGAAAGGGCUGUUCCGACAUCCGGGACAUCUUUCAGCCGACCAUUACCUCUCGAUGCCCCCGGGGCAAUUGUCCUGGUUAAAAGAAAACCCCCACCCAAAAACUAACAAAACAACAAAAGAACCUUCCCCCAAUGCAACAAAAUGCUAACCCAUCCUUGCAGUAUACAAGGGUGGUGCAGCAUCUCAAACAUACUCAAACCACUAGUGGCAGGAGAUAGUUUAACAAGAGAGAGAGAAUGAUAAAGAUAAAAGAGAGAGAAAAACCAACAGUGGGACAGAUCGGGAUAGACACGCGGUCACCGGGAAAGGUCGCGAGAACGAGCUUAGAUUAAUUUAAUUUAUUUGCAAAAAACAACCCCUCACUCGUUCUCCUUCCUUUGCCGUACGGCCGCGUGCAUUCCGCACAAAACAGUAGAGACACAAGCACACAUUCACCAACCCCGCAGUAGACAAAACGUUUAUACAAAAACUUGCAGCCUUAGUACACAGAUGAAUGAAAAAAACGUAUUUAAAUUAAUUUAUUAACCGUCAGGAUCCUUUCUUUUGUGUCGUAGCGUACACUACUGCGAUCGGGAAAGAGAUAUUUAUUGCGAGCUAACGAUCCUUUCCUUUUUUUCUUCAUUUUUUUGUUUGUUUGCUCCACUUUUUCACAAUGCCCCGACCCGCCAAUCUCUCUUCCAGUUGUUUUUUCCUUCCACAGCCCGCUGAAAGUAUACCACCCCGCUGGCAGGUUUGCACGCUGAGAAGCGUUUGAAGCAGCCGUGUCGUUUUGUGGGGACCGGACCAAUUUCUUCGGUUGGUGGUUUCAGUGAUAUGUGGGAAUUUGGCCCUGAAAGUUUCAUUUGCGAGUGACCUUAACCGACCUUGGUCGUCUUUCGAUCGGUUAGCUACUCUUCACGAUCGGUUCAAUUCUUAAAGAAACGAGCGUCUCAAUACUUCUUUUUCUCUAGCGCCUCCACUUAGCAUUUCACCGUAUCUGAUCUCUUCACAUCCUCAAUCUAUGUGCCCGUCUCGCACAGCCAAAUAGCUCUUCUGUCCCAGUGCUGACCGCGCAAAGUGGCAAACGAGAGCAUCCGAUGAUCGACAGAAUCGAUUGUGGAAGUAGGUCAGCUCAGUUGCCGGAGAGGAACCUCGGGCUUCAAAAUCUUGGACUCGUGUGCGAGUGUGAGCUUUUGCUUGCCCAAGUCUUUUGCACCCAAUUUUUGGCGCAUUGGCUUUUGGUUUUUGUUUUUUUGUCAAACCGGUUCCCUUCCAAUGGGAAUCGUGACAAAUAACGGUUUGUGCGAAAUAAGAACUUCGCUCCCCGGAGAAGCUGCUGCUCGGCCUGCGAACUCGCUUAUCCAGCAGUCGCACGUUACUAAAAAACGAAAAGUUUAUAUUAAACUAGCUACUUUUCACUUUCUUUGCACGCACAAUGUGCGUGUACACAUCUUUCCACUAAUAAUAGGCCGGGGGGAUGUUUUCGUUUUUGAAAACCACCCCACUGCAAAUAUUCUACCUCUUUAGGAGGCGAACGAAUGGAAAUGAUCGCUGGUAACCGUCACGAUCACUGGUUCGUUCGCUCUAUUUGUGCAAACAUUUUCGCACCUCUGCUCUCUUAGCUUUUAUUUGUUUUUACUAACUCUACUUCAAGCCAUCUUAGGGCAGACCAGACGGGCGAGAAAACACUAGCAAGGAAGCGAAAGGGAAACAACAAAUUCUAAAAAACAAACCUCACAGAAAAACACACACCCCAGAACAGGUACGAUGCGUAAAGCGCUCAACACCCCGUGCGCCUGUUUAGGAAGGUUUACUACCAGAGGCUCGAAGGAAAGAACGUUUUGUAAGAAUGAUCUGUUCUGUUAUUUAUUGUUUAAAUUAUUGUAACUUUAAUGCUUCCUUCUCUUUCGCUUCACGCCACGGCGUUUGGGCGUUGGGAUGGGAAAUCAAUCCAAACAAAAAUUUGACAGAAAUGAAAUAAAAUGAAUCGAAAAAAAAAUAGAAAGCUGUCAAAUGGGUUCCUUUUUU